GCGAUUCGCGAUUCCCGCGAUCGAGGAGGCGUCACGAGGGUGUCGUGCCGAAAGGUCAACCCCGGCAGCUCGGCCCGCGUGUGCAUGUGUGUGCGCGUGUGAUAUGCCGGCGCCCCACUCCCAGGUGCAGCACGGUACGAUUCGUCCCUUAAAACUGACUGUUCGCUUCGCGCCCCGGGGGUCCGGUCGAGCACGCCGCCGUGGUCGUCGUCGCUCGCUACUAUGCGUGUAACGCACUAACGGCGCAUAAAUGCCGUCGCCGAGGUGAGCCGGGCUGCUUUCUCGUACGUACAUAUGUGUAUGUGAAGCGAUUUAUUUUUGCGCGCGUCCUGAAGAUCGAUCAGCGAGUGUGUACGACGAGUGUGCUUUUCGGUUUCUCUACGCCGCCCUCUCGCUCCGAGGGUGAAUCGCGUCGCGUCGCCUCACGUCGAUCUUCGAACGCUCAAGUAUGAAGGGGAGAGAGAGAUGCGGGUGUAUAUUGCCUUCGGAGUGCUGAAUCGUUCAAGUGGAGAAGAAAACUAGCUCUCCCUUCUUGUUUAUCCUGUGAUACACUGAUCAUGUACGCGCUGCAGAUGCGAACCGCUUGCCAGGGCGAGGGAACUGGUGAGCCCGAUGACCCCAGCAGCCUUCAUCAGGAACCAGUGCGAGCUGCCACCCAAGAUUGCAGCUCUUUCGAUAUUGUCCGAGCCGUACAGUAUGGGGCGUUGGAUCGAGUGACGCAGUUGGUGGAAGCUGGUGCCGAUGUGAACCAGCCGGAUUCGGAGACCGUGACGCUAUUGCACUGGGCUGCUAUAAACAAUCGCAAAGAUGUUAUCAAGUAUCUCAUUGCAAAGGGAGCCAUAAUCGACGCUAUCGGCGGUGAAUUGGCCUCUACGCCGCUGCAUUGGGCCACGAGACAAGGCCAUCUCUCCACAGUUGUAAUACUGAUGAGGGCAGGUGCUGAUCCAACCUUGAGGGAUUCCGAAGGUUUUUCCUGCGUACAUCUAGCGGCACAGUUUGGCCACACGGCCAUAGUGGCUUAUUUGGUGGCGAAAGGCGUCAAUCCAAAUAUGCCGGAUAAAAGUGGCAUGACUCCCCUUAUGUGGAGCGCCUAUAAAGUCAAUAGUUUUUCCUUUUACAGUCUAGAUCCAACACGACUGUUGUUGACCCUGGGUGCGUCGCACUCAUUUAUCGAUAAUCUGCAUGGUAACACAGCCCUGCAUUGGGCCAUUAUAGCCAAAAAUAACACGGCAAUAUCCACCCUAGUACAACACGGAGCCUUGUUAGACCUGCCCAAUUUCCAAAAUGAAACGCCGAUGACGCUGUUAGGCCCGCACAUCGGCGCUGCGUGGUUGGGACAUAAAAUCAGCCAGGAAAUUAAGGAGAAGCAAGGUCGUGCGAGAACAUGGUGUAGAAAUAAGAAAAUCCGUUGGUAUUGCAUGGUCAGUACGCCGUUUGUAGUGUUUUAUAUGAUCGGUAUGAUUCUACAGAGUGGAUGGAAUUAUUUAUUAAAACUAGGUGCCUUCAUCACCGUUUAUGUAGCGGUGUAUCUAAUGAACCAUUUCGUGUUCGACGAACGGCUGUUUCACAUUUUGCCAAUGUCGAUUUAUUUGGCGACCAAGAUGUGGAUAUAUGUCACGUGGAUCUUCUGGCUGGGUAUCCAUGCAGCAUGGUAUUUAUGGUUGUUAUUGGUCGGUGGAUCCGUUCCUUUCUGGAUAUGCUUCCUGCAGUCUUGGCGGGGUGAUCCCGGAAUUAUCACGGCUACUCACGAGGAUAAAUUAAAUACGAUAAUUGAAUUGGCCGAAUCGGGUGGUUUUGAGCCGCAGUGGUUCUGCAGUAGUUGUCUAGUCCGAAGACCUAUGAGAUCUAAACAUUGUUCCACGUGUGACCGUUGUGUAGCACGAUUCGAUCAUCACUGUCCAUGGGUUAAUAACUGCAUUGGUGCACAUAAUCAUAAAUAUUUUCUUGGAUUUGUGGCGUCUUUGUUGGGAUUGUGCAUCGUUAUUUUAUCCGCCAGUAUACAAUAUUGGCAAUUUGAGUGUUGGUCGAACUUAACAAACGGUCAUAGCGCGGAUAAUUACCUAAUAGCUGCAGCUACCUGUGACGCUUGGGUGAUGUGGGUAGCAGCCAACACGUCCCUUCAUUCUUUCUGGGUUGGGAUUUUGUUGGCGUGUCAAUGCUAUCAGAUCAUGGUCCUGGGAAUGACAACAAAUGAACGCAUGAAUGCUGGCCGUUACAAACACUUUAAGCAGGGGAAUCCGUUCCAUCGCGGUGCCGUGCAAAAUGCCGCCGACUUUUGCAACUUCAGCUUUUGCGGAGUGAAGGCGAAGCCAAGUUCGGAUUGGCUGCACAGUUUCGAUCUCAAGCAGAGCAUCGAGAAGUUACCUUUGCUCGCGCAGAAAGAUAAUUUUCAGUAUGUUUAGAGUUCUGUAAGUAGCCGUGAGAAGCUAAUUGUACACACAUACAUACAUCAUAUCACUUAUGCCUGAUGUACUCCUUGGGCCACCAAAGAGUUGCCGCAAACAUGUAAGUGACUUUCCGGUACGGCAGUAAUUAUGCAUACACGGACGAUUUCGUUCGCAUAUUCUCUAAGUAGCUUUAUUAUACAGCAAUCGCUGAAUAACAGUUUUCGAUUCAUGUCGUGAAAGACUUGUUGCAAAUGUGCAUAUCCCACCUAUACUCUACUUAAAGAUAUCGACGAGUGAUGAAACAAUACAAAUGCACAAAUUUCAUGAUUCAAAUUAAUCCUUUGUUGCCCAAAUAUAAUCAACAUGAGGGAGGAAUGAGUUUCUGUAGCAUUUAUUUAACUGCAAAACUACAAUUAUCGAUAAAGGAAGGGGAACACAUAAAAAAAAUUGUAGAUUAGAAGUUAAUUUGUAAUUGGGCAGCAUAGAGUUAUUAAUUUCUUCAAUCAGUCAUAUCAGUUAUGUGUCAUCCUAUUUAUGAUAUUAAAGUUUCUUUCUACCAAACAAGAAUAAUUAUUCUUUACAUUAAACGCUUAAUAUUUAUCUAGACUCGUAUUCAUUUACUAACGUUUAUUGAUUAGUCCACAUCUGAUUUCAACUGAUGAUUCAACUUGCUUUUUCAAGAAGUAAACGCACUUAGAGCUUGAAAGUAUGUACUAUUCAAUAAAUAUAAAUUUAUAAAUCUGAUUGUACAAGUAACUUAAUCUACAAGAUCACUGUUAUUACAAAUAUUUUAUGAUCAACAGAAUAACUGGAAAUCUAUAUUUCUCAUUGAUGCAGAUAUUCGAAGAAUAUUUAUAUGCAUUAAUUCUCGAUAAAUUCUACAAUUCAUAAUUAAAAAAUAAAUAAAUAUUAAAAUAAUAAAAUUUAUCGACAGACAAGAAGUAAUAAAACAUGCAAAUAUAAUGCAGUGUUUAAAAAUUCGUAUAAGGCGUAAAAUAAUGAAGUUGUGGGGCCUAUAUGACAUCGCUAUAAAUGUUAUAAAUUAUGCAAAUUAGAACGUAUAAGAAAAUCAAAUGCUGUGCGGUAGAAUUAUAGCCAAGAGAGAACUACAUAACAGCUAUUUAUACUGUUUAGUCUAUAUUGUUCGUAUUUGUAAGAGAGUCUACCUGACUUAAGUGCCAUGUUAUGCUUCUUGAAAUGCAUUUACGUACUCGACAUUACAUACUUUUGUUGAGAUCUACUAUUUGUAUUGGUUAUUGUUGCGACAAAAGUGUAAUAUUUAUAAUAACACAAUAUCUGCGAUCGUGAAUCAAUAUUACAAAUUUCGUGAUGUUUUUUUAAGGUCUCUGUGUUAUAGCAUGUAUAAAGCAUAUCUCGUCAAAAACGUUUAGAUCACAAAGUCGCUUUUUUAUAUGUUAAACAAAGAGUAAGUCUAAAGUAUCGUUACGCAACAAAGAAAUCAUUUAACUCUACUACAUGCGACGGAGAACGCUGUGUGUGUGUGUAUUGUAAUUUAGUAUUUAACUCCAAACUGAUAAUUCUUCCAAAUUAUAUAUGUACAAAUUAUCGCAGAAAAAAAAUUAUUGCUUGUACAUUCCGAUUAACGAUAGCAUUUUAUAAUGAGGAUGUAGAAAAUGUCAAUUUAUAGGGUAUCUCGUCAAAUCUUUCGAAACCGAAUAAGUUGAUUGAUGAGGAAAUAUAUUUGUAUUAUUUUUUAGACGCACUCAUGAAAAUUGGUGUAAGUGUAACGUAAGAUGGUUUCUUUUAAGCCUGGAGAUGUACCUUUUACGGAACAUUGUAUAUUUUAUUUAACAUAAAGUAUUCCUAUUUUCUAAAACUUGAGUCUGAUGACUUGAUCUCGAUGAGUGCAUGUAAAAGUGAGUCGAUUGAAGGUUGGAUAUUUGACAGCUUCGAUUUAUGAUAUGAUAAUAUAGGUACAAAUGUACAUUUAACAUCAGAAUUAUUCUAAAUACGCAUUCGUACUAAAUGAGAUGCCGCACAUUGUGCGUUUAGACGCUAAUUAUAUCGAUGACAGUUCCGUUUCCUUUCAUUGUAAGAAAUUCCAUGAUUGUUUAUUUAUGUGUAAAUGUUAAUAUUUCAUUUGAUACGUCUAUACAUAUUUCAUUUUUUUUAAGUAUCAAAUCUAACGUUAGGUCUUUUUAUCAUUCAAGCAUCAAUACGUCUUCGAGAUUAUUGAUACACAUUUAACUCUAGGUUCGAUAUAUUUGCUGGUUGUAUUAGUUCAUGCCCGACGACAUCGUGUACAGAAUAAGAAACAUUCGUGUACAAAAUGUUCAGAAACAUACAGAUAGUUUUAAUAUGGACAUACUUGACAUAGCAAUCACGCGAUUACUGCAAACCGAGUCUCCAUGUCAAUGUUGUUAGCAAAGGAUACAUGUAUAAAUAUUAUAAAUAUAGCAAUAUACAUAGAAUAAUACAAACUGAUUGUACUAUAAUACCAUUUGUCGAACAAUUACAUUUAUCAAAAGUAUUAAUUUUGCGUCGGAUGGCUCCAUUCGAUUGUUGCGUUAAUUACUUUUAUUUCUCAAUCUAGUCCAAAUGAGAUUAGUAGCGAACAAUAGCAUUGAUAUAUUUUAUUAACUAUUGUGUUGUGAUUACUUCCUAUAUGGAAGAUUUAACCGUCGAAGUAAGCUGUAUUAAUCUUAACUUCUAAUGUAUUUCAUAAUAUUUGAAGAUCGGGAUCGAAAUCGAUAUAAUUUCGCUGAAUUCACGAAUGGACAGCGAGACCAACGAUGUAUGGGCGCAUACUGAUUUUCACGUUUAUCUCUGUUGCAAACGGAACGCGACAAUUGGCAUAAUGCCCAAAUUUUCGCGUAAAUUAUACCGAUUUCCAUCCUCGCAAAUCAUGAGUAUCAAUGCGUCGUUAAACAAACGAAAUGAUACGAUGCAAAAGUAACAAUACGUUUUUACAGCCGAGAAAUAUACAUGUACUGUCAUAACAAUGAAUGUUAUUAACACA